AUGGCGGGCUGGCUGGCUGGCGGGCGAGCGCGGCUCGGCAGUCGUCGCUGGCGGACACCGCAGGCCGGAGACGCGCCGUGCUGCACACGCGAGAGCGAACUGAGGAUGCUGACGUGGUGGUCGCAGUGGGCGCUGCGGCUGCUGAUGCUGGCGGCGCGGCCCGUGGCGCUGGCCCUGGUGCGCGCCCGCCUGCUGUUCGCGCCGCGGCGCGCCGUGCCGCCCGUCUCCGACCCCGUGCUGCUCGUGCCGGCGCACCAGCUCGCCGCCGCCAUCCGCAGCGGGCAGCUAUCUAGCGAGCGCGUGGUGCGGGCGUACAGCGAGCGAGUGCGACUGGUGCAGCCGGUGGUGAACGCCGUUGUGGAGGACCGGCUGGCCGCCGCCCUAGAGGAGGCGCGCCGCGUCGACCACCUGCUGGCCGUGGGGGCGGCGCCGCCCCCGGAACAACAGCCUCUGCUCGGCGUGCCGCUCACCGUCAAGGGCAGCUUCGCCGUCCAGGGGCUGAGCCACGCGUGCGGACGACUGUCGCACGCGGCGGUGAAGGCGGACCGCGACGCGGAGGCGGUGAGCCGCCUCAGGGAGGCCGGCGCCAUCCCGCUGCUGGUGAGCACCACGCCCGAGCUGGGCCUCUGCUACGAGACCUACGAGAAGAUCCACGGCGUUACCCGCAACCCCUACGACACCAGGCGCACGCCCGGCGGCUCGUCUGGCGGCGAGGCGGCGCUGCUGGGGUCCGCGGCGUCGCUGGUGGGUCUGGCGUCCGACGUGGGCGGCUCGGCGCGCCUGCCAGCCCUCUUCUGCGGCGUCUUCGGCCACAAGCCGUCGCCAGGCGUGGUGCCGCACGAGGGCCACAUCCCGUCGGGCUCGGACAAGCGCUGGCCGCGCUUCUUCUCGGCGUCGCCCAUGUGCCGCUACGCGGGGGACCUGCCCCUCAUGCUGCACGUCCUCGCCGGGCCCCUCGCCCCGGACCUGCGUCUCCUGCAGCCGGUGUCGGUGCAGUCGGUGCGGGUGCUGUACAUGGAGGACGACGGCGGCGCCGUGCUGACGGACUCGGUGAGCCGCGCGCAGAAGGACGCUCUGCGCAGGGCAGUAGCCUGGCUGGACUCCGUGAGGGACCGCCCGGCCCAGCAGGUUCACAUCAAGGGCCUGCGGCACUCGGUGCGGUUGUCGGCGCCCCUCAUGAUGAGCAUGCAGCUGCACCAGCAUCCCCUCAUGAAGGCGGACGACCCAAACGACUGCGAGAACCUGGCGCUGGCGCUACUGAAGAUGAUGGUGUGCCGCCUGCCACAUAACAUGUACGUCUUCCACUACUCCUUUCUGAAGAAGUGGGUCAACAACCUGCCCGAAUCAACGUUACGAGGGCUCGCCGAUGAAGUGGACGAGCUACGUCGAGAGAUUUGUGAACUGCUGGGCGAGGACGGCGUGCUGCUGUACCCGACGGCCCCGCAGCCGGCCAACGUGCUGUUCGAGCAGUUCGUGCGCUUCCCCAACAACGCCUACCUGGCCAUCUUCAACACGCUGGGGCUGCCAGCCACGCACUGUCCGGCAGGCCUGCACCCCAGCUCCGGCAUGCCCCUCGGCCUGCAGGUGGUGGCGGCGCCGAACCAGGACCGUCUGUGCUUCGCGGUGGCUCGCGAGUUGGAGGCGGGGCUUGGGGGUUGGCAGCCGCCAGCGCCCCACACUGGCGCUGCCGCCGCCCCCACCACCGCCGCCGGCGACGCCGCCUCCGCAACCGCCCGUGCCGCCGCCACCGUCAUCCCAAUCGGCUCUUAGCCCCGCCGUCCGCCCUCGAACUGCCUCGACUGAACCACCAAGGAGCAACGCUGGCCAUCGUCACUCACCUCUGGCUGUGCUAACCUUCCAGCUGCCACCGCGCCAUCAUAAUGCGUCAAAAGAGUCGGUGCUAGCGUGUCUUCCUGUUCUUACAAGCAAUAGUUUGAAAAUUAUCAACGGUUUUCUCCGUUUUUUAUCGCAACUGAUUGCGUUUUCAAAGGACUACAGACUUAAUAAGCUCUCUUUCAGAGAUGGCUUAGCGUAACGAAAUACCUACUCAGCAUCAAACGCUAUGAAAUUUAGCGUUGCAUUCGGGUGGCUUAUUUGAUUAUGUGACUGACAAUAAUCUCUUGUGAAAUUUCGAGAAACUACUACUCAUGAAUUCACAGUUAUCCUGUUGGGAGCAAUACGUGUGUUCUUUCUGCAUCCUUCGUUCUUCCGUCUUAUGUAUUGGCUAUACAGGUACGAAUGUUACUCCUGUUUUACUGAGGAAAAUAAUCUUACACGAUGACUUACGAUGCCCGCCCUUGCCUUCGAGGCCGCCAAAGUGUAGCACUGUGGCAGCGCUCGACUUACAGACAACCGGUUUGAGUUUUGAUUCACCAGUUUGUGGCCAGGGGACGUGGUGGAGGAGUAGUUAUAAACAUCAGAGUUAACAUCAAUGUCCUCAGUUCAAGUUCCACAUCUUCUCGGACUGCCACAUACGAGGGAUAAUAGUUUUUUAUACUAAUACGUCUGUCGAAUGGAAACUAAAGUCAGCAGUCCUCUGACAUUUUUGGAAGUAAUAAUUACGCUCGUCAUCAACUACAAAAAUUUGACCCUCCACCUUAUUUACACUACUCACGGCCACCUAUACGAAAUAGUUACGCAAUUCGCAAGGUUGAGAAAGCGAAUAAAGGAAACCUUUCAAGUUUAGGUGGCUCCGUUUCUUGGGUACUCCACAGCCAAUAAUUCUACACAUUUAGUUUUAUCUUCUGACGAUUUUAAUUUAACAGAUUAUGACAAUAUGAAAAUUUGUUACGUCCAAACAACUCAAACAUCGACAAACCUGUCUUAAUGACAAAUGUUACCGAAACCGCUUUCAAAGGGCAGUUGCGUCUAUUACAGUGAUAAUAUUGUUUAUUUCACUGAUGUUAUUAUUACGUUACUGUGUAAUUUGCACUAUUCGAACGUACAGGUAACUCGUACGAUAGUCUAUUCGCAAAACACGAAGGUCAACAAAGAGAGGGAGGGGCAGAUGAACGAAGGGAGUAAUCACAAUGUCAAGAAGGUAAAGUCAUUUUUCUGCCUGCAGAUAUUCAAGAUAACUGCACUUUACACACAAUUGUAACUGCUCCGAUUGCCAAUGAUGUGCUUGCUGUAUAAAUGAAGUUGUCAAAAUUUCGAAAUCGCUUUUCCGGAACAACUUUAACUUGGUCAACCUGUACCACAACAUCCUUCAGAAAUUCAGAGAACAAGACCGAUUAGACUCCUGAAAUCUACAUCUACAUCUACAUUUCUACAUUUAUACUCCGCAAGCCACCCAACGGUGUGUGGCGGAGGGCACUUUACGUGCCACUGUCAUUACCUCCCUUUCCUGUUCAAGUCGCGAAUGGUUCGCGGGAAGAACGACUGCCGGAAAGCCUCCGUGCGCGCUCGAAUCUCUCUAAUUUUACAUUCGUGAUCUCCUCGGGAGGUAUAAGUAGGGGGAAGCAAUAUAUUCGAGACCUCAUCCAGAAACGCAUCCUCUCGAAACCUGGACAGCAAGCUACACCGCGAUGCAGAGCGCCUCUCUUGCAGAGUCUGCCACUUGAGUUUGCUAAACAGCUCCGUAACGCUAUCACGCUUACUAAAUAACCCUGUGACGAAACGCGCCGCUCUUCUUUGGAUCUUCUCUAUCUCCUCCGUCAACCCGAGCUGGUACGGAUCCCACACUGAUGAGCAAUACUAAAGUAUAGGUCGAACGAGUUUUUUGUAAGCCACCUCCUUUGUUGAUGGACUACAUUUUCUAAGGACUCUCCCAAUGAAUCUCAACCUGGUACCAUCCUUACCAACAAUUAAUUUUAUAUGAUCAUUCCACUUCAAAUCGUUCCGCACGCAUACUCCCAGAUAUUUUACAGAAGUGACUGCUACCAGUGUUUGUUCCGCUAUCAUAUAAUCAUACAAGCGGACAUAAUUUUUACAGGUUUAAAACUAAAUGAAAUAUUUACCAUGAAACGAAAUAAAGUUCAACUCCCAAGUAUGAAAGAUUACGCUCCAGUACUUUGUGAUCGCAGCUACAGUUCUGAAACUAACAGAAUGCCCAGGGGCUAGUGAACGCCAGUUUUUUUUCGUGACUUCACUGGUGCAACAAAGUUUUUUGUCUUUACCAAAAGUUUCAUAGCAUCUAUCUGCUUCGUUAGACGUAAAUCCUUUUAUUUUGUUGUCGCUUUUGAAUUACUAACUGUAGAUAACUGUUCUUUUGAAGAUACUUUACAUAUUACUGAACACUAUACUUUCCGUACAUUUUGUAUGCACUCUGUACUACAGCACCAUGACUGAUUAAGAUUAAGAAACUGAUGACCAUCUAAUAUAAAAGUCACUAAUUGGCCUUCCAGACAGAAGAUCUCUGACACGACGUGAAAACAGUAACAAGCAGAGGAGUUGUGUGCUGCAUGGAAACGUAUGCAGUGCACUAGACAUUGAAAACAAGUGUACCCUUAAAAUUGUGCGCUCUCGAUUUUCACUACUGAUGCUGCAGUUGUGAUAUUGUGAAUGAACAGAAAACUAGCAUAGAAUACUGAAGUGUAAAAUGUUAGCUGUAAACAAACAAUGGGUCUAUGUGUAUCUGUAAUUAUGUACUAGAUUAUAGGAACUUCAACGAUCUGUAAAAAUCUGAUGUAAAUGUAAAAAGUAGUAAAUAUCGAGAUAUACUUUUA